AUGUCUGAAAACUACAAAGUACAGUUGAAGCAAGUAGAACAAGCUAUCGAACAUACUAAAAGUAUAGACCAGUUGAAUGAUUUAUUGUCAUUACGAGAUAGUUUAGUUGAACUUAUAGCACUGACUAGUGAAACUUGUGAACCAGAACAACCCACGCAAAACCCAUUAGAUGAUGAAUAUGCUCUAUUUAAGUCAGAAAUUGAAACUAUCAAUGAAACACAAAAUACAAAUUAUGAUGAAGAUGAUACAUCGUCCUGUGAAAUUUUAAAUGUAUCUGAAAAUAAAAAAGUGACAGAUAGUCAUUCAUCCAAUGCAAUAAUUGAAAUAGAUUCAGAUAGUGAUACCACAAAUUCUUCUAAUAUUAUUGAUGAGCAUCAUGAGACUACUGGAAUCGAAAAUGAGUUGGCUAAUUUACAAGGAUCUAAAUGUCAAGCUCCAUUUGAAACAGACUAUGAUUCAUCAACAUAUCAUAAUGCACUCAUUAUGUCUGUUAAAGUGAAUGAUUCAACACACCAACAAUCUUUAGAUGAUAUAUUGGUUACUGUAUUAUAUACAAAUCCAAUAUGCAAACAAAUGCUACCUUGUCAAUUUUUUUUAAGUGGUGAAUGCAAAUAUUCUGAUGAAAGAUGUUAUUUUUCACACGGAACUCAAGUUCCCUUAUCGCGUCUUACAGAAUUUAAAGAACCAGAUUUUAAUAAUUUAAAAAAGGGAAGUCUAGUAUUAGCAAAAUCAUGUGAAGGUGGACUUUGGUCUAGAGCUAUGGUUUUAGAUAUUACUCAUGGUACAACAAAUAAUGAUGGAAGUUGUAUUGUUAAAUAUGAAACUAAAGGACUUGGAGAAACAGAAGUUCCAAUGCAAAAUAUUUUUCCUUUGAUUGGGAAUGAUGAAGAAUUUUAUGAAUUGUCAUCUGAUAGUGACGAAGAAAGUAAAAUUAAAGAACGUGAUUCAGCAAUAGUUAAUAAAGUGCUAUUAAAUACAGAAACUAUACAAUCACUUGGAAGCUGGGAAAAACACACAAAAGGUAUUGGUUCAAAAUUAAUGGCUAAAAUGGGAUAUAUAAUGGGUGCUGGAUUGGGUAAAAAUGGAGAAGGACGAAUUAACCCUGUAGAAGCAACAGUUUUACCAAAAGGAAAAUCAUUGGACCACUGCAUGUCUAUAAAAAAUACUGAACAAAUUCAAGAUGCACGUAAAAAACGCAAACAACAAUUGAGACUUGAAAGAUGUAUGAAAAAAUCUUAUGAGAAAGCAUUGGAAAAGCCUCCGGAUGUUUUCACAUUUCUCAAUAAUAAACUCAAUAUCAAAAACAUCAAUCAAGAUAAAAAUGUAAUAGACGAAAAGAAAUUAAAAAGUUCUACAAUACACGACUUAAAUGUUAGAAGUUUAAAAAUAGAAGAAGAUAUAAAACGACAACAAAUAAAUAUUCAAGAGUUAAAUUAUUCAUUGAACCGAAGUACAUCUGGUUCAGUGCAGUAUAAUAUGGUCAAUCAAAAAUUGAUCGAAGCAAAUAAUCAACUCUCACACUUGAAAGCUGAAGAAAAGUCUAUACAAAAAGAACAUAAAAACAGAGAAACUCACAAAAAAAUGACUGUGUUUUAACGAAUAUUAGCUAGAAUAUUGUUUAUAAUUCUAUAUUUAUUAAUAUUAUUUGAAAAAUAAUUGAGUUAUUAUUUUUUAAAGUAAAUAAAACAGAAAUUUAUCGUAAGUAUUCAAGUAAAACAGAAUGUAUAAAAAUAUGUGUAUGAAAUGUAUCUAGUUAGAA